UACACUGUGGACGGAUAUGUUUUAUCAUUUAAUUUUUCUGAUGCAUCAAAUUGAAUUGUCUUUCGACAGAUACUUAAGCUCUCAGACCUGAAUAUCUCCCUUGUAUAUAUAAUAUAAAGCAUCAAAGGUGUGUUAUAAUAGGACUUAUUAUUGAGGUUUAAAAGGCUACAUUCGUGUUUGAUUGCAAAAUGGUUAUUUUUGGGUUGAACUUUUUCAAUGAUUAUGAGCUCCUUUCACAGUAUGAAUUAGAAAAUGAUAUUUCCGUCCACUUGAAUGUAAUUGAAGUUCAUUGGAUCUUUUUGGCUGUGUAUGUUCUGUUUAUCAUAAGAAUAAAGUGGUCAUCCAACCAGGUAAACCUAGAAUUAAUUGGCAAAUUGAUGUCUACAAUGGAAGAAAAAGUUGUCAAAUGUUCAAGUAGUGUAGAAAUUGUCGGCCCUAAACACAUCUAUCUUUAGUUGAUAAGUCGACAUGAAAUGUCUGUGUAAUUUUAAUGCAUGAGUAAUAAACAUCUUGUUGGGGAUUUUAAUGCAGCCAUGGAUCUUAAAAUCAGCAAUCUUGUUGUCUUCUUGUUUAUUGCCAUGUUAACUCGUGGUCUCUAUAUGCUCUCCAUAUACUUCUCUAUAUCGAUUUCUUUCAAAAAUUGUGAGGAUGGAUUUCAGUGGAUGUUCGCAGGAGUUUAUGGGCCUAAUUUUGAUGACAGUAGAGUGGGCUUGUGGGAUGAACUGGCUGGAAUGAGGGCUUGGUGGAAUCUCCCUACAUGUAUUGGGGGUGAUUUCAAUGUGAUUCGAUUUCUUUCGGAGAGGUCGAGUGGUGGGAGACUAACUAGGGCAAUGGAGGAGUUCUCAGAUUUUAUUAGGGAGAAUUUGUUGGUGGAUUUACCCAUGAUUGGGGGAGAUUUUACCUGGUCAUCUAAUCGGGAUCGACCCGUUUUGUCUCGUAUUGAUAGGUUCUUGAUUUGUGGGGAGUGGGAGUCUAAAUAUUCAGAUGUCACUCAGAGAAGAUUGGGGAGGGUGUACUCGGAUCAUUUUUCUAUUAUGUUAUCGGGGAAUAGAAGGGGUGGUGGAAGAAGACCUUUCAGGUUUGAGAAGAUGUGGUUGAAAGUAGAAGGUUUUAGGGAGCGAGUACAGACGUGGUGGACUUCCUAUGAAGUCAGUGGGCCUCCCUGUUUUGUAUUGGAUCAGAAGCUAAAGGCGUUGAAAGGGGACUUAAAGAAAUGGAAUGAGGAAGUUGUGGGCAAUGUUAAUUGCAGUAAAAAUCAGUGUCUGUCAGAGAUAAAGGAGUUGGAUAGGCGGGAGGAGAGUCAAGGGUUAGCUGGGGAGGAGAAGAAGAGCCAUAGAGUAUUAAAGGAAGAGAUGGAGAGGUUGGUGGAGAUGGAGAUUAAUUGGCGACAGAAAUCUAGAGUUACUUGGUUGAAAGAGGGGGAUAAAUGCACUAAGUUUUUCCACAGGGUCGCCAAUUCUAAUAGGAAAACUCCAUCACAGUUUUGGAGGUGGACGAGGUUACUUAUGAAGAACCAUAGGAAAUUGGAAGCCAACUGGUGAAUUUUUAUCAGAACCUCUAUCGGGAGCAAUUUGAAUGGAGGUCAAAAUUGGAGGAAUUGCACUUUUCUACAAUCACUGAGGAUGAUGCCCGAUGGAUGGAGAGAUCAUUUGGGGAGGAUGAAAUUAAGGAGGUAGUAUUCAGCAUGAACGAUGAUAAGGCUCCGGGACCGGAUGGUUUCUCGUUCUCAUUCUGCAAGGCGUGCUGGGAUGUGGUUCGACUGGAUAUUGUGAAUACUUUAUCUUAUUUUUUUGAACGUGGCAGAUUUCAGAGAAGUUCUAAUGCCACAUUUAUUGUGCUCAGCCCUAACAAAUCGGGAGCGACUGAUAUUAAGGAGUUUCGCCCCAUUAGCCUUGUCAGCGGGGUGUAUAAGAUUAUUUCGAAAGUCCUGGCAAACAGAUUAAAGGAGGUGCUCGGAAAAGUAGUGUCCAAAUUUCAGAAUGCAUUUGUAAAAGGGCGUCAGAUUUUGGACUCUGUGCUUAUAGCGAAUGAAUGCAUAGAUUCAAGAAUGCGUCUAAGGGCCCCAGGGAUGCUUUGUAAGCUAGAUAUUCAGAAGGCUUACGUUCAUGUAAAUUGGGGAUUCUUGUUGUAUAUGCUCAGGCGCUGUGGUUUUGGGGAUAAAUGGUGUAAAUGGAUUCAAUUCUGUAUUUCUACUGUUUCAUUCUCAGUUUUGGUCAACGAACACCUGAGGGUUAUUUCCGGAGCAAUAGAGGCUUGAGACAAAGGGAUCCAUUGUUAUUUGUCAUUGUGAUGAAGGCUUUCAGUAGAAUGAUUGAAAGAGCCAUGAGAGCGGAUUUGAUAAGGGGUUUUAUGGUUGACCAAUUGCAGGUGUCCGAUCUGUUAUUUGCAGAUAACACGAUCUUAUGCGAUGCAGAUGUUGAACAAUUUAGGAACUUGCGCCGUUUGCUCCUAUGUUUUGAAGCGGUGUCUGGUUUGAAAAUCAAUUUGGGGAAGCUUGAGGCUAUUCCAGUUGAGGAGGUCGAUAAUAUGGAGGAACUGGCUGAUAUAUUGGGUUGUAAGAUUGCGCAGCUGCCGAUGUCAUAUCUAGGGCUCCCGUUAGGGGCACGAUUUAGAAGUACCCAUAUCUGGAAUGGUAUUGUGGAAAGGAUGAAGAGAAGGUUAGUAGGGUGGAAGUGUAUGUACCUUUCUAAAGGAGAUAGACUUACUCUCAUUAAAUCCACUCGCUCCAAUCUCCCUACUUACUUUUUGUCAUUGUUCCCCAUUCCGAUUGCAGUGGCAAAGAGAUUAGAGAGAUUUCAAAGAGAAUUUCUGUGGGCAAAGUUGGGGGAGGAGAGGAGACUCCAUUUGGUCAAUUGGGGAGUUGUUUGUUUGCCGAUGAGGAUGGGGGGUCUUGGGGUGAGGAGCCUUGUGUUGUUCAAUAAGGCCUUAUUAGGCAAGUGGUUGUGGCGAUUUGGAGUGGAGAGGGAAAGCUUCUGAAGAGAAUAAUUGGGGCGAAGUAUGGUGUGGCGGAGGGGGGAUGGUGUACAUUUGAGGAUCGUGGUUCUUAUAGGGUGAGUUUGUGGAGGUAUAUCCGACGGGGAUGGAGUGCUUUUUUUUGGACAAACUGAAGUUUGUGGUCGGAAAUGGUAAUGAGAUUAAAUUUUGGGAUGAUUGUUGGUGCGGGGAUCAACCGCUGAAGGAGAGAUUCCCUUCCUUACAUCGCAUUGCCUCAGUGUCCACUGCUAUGAUGAGUGAUCUCUUAGACAUUCAUAAUGGGAGCUAUAGCUGGAAUAUUACUUUUGGGAGGGAUCUACAAGAUUGAGAAUUGGAAGAUUAUUCGCUGUUUAUGACCUUUUUACAUGAGGCACAAAUUCGGGUUGGUGAGAGAGAUUGCAUCAAGUGGAGGACAACACAGGAUGACAUUUUUUCAGUUCGCUUGUACUUUGAUUCCCUCAUGGGAUGUGUGAAUAAUUCAUUCCCUUAGAAGUUGGUGUGGCAGUGUAAAUUGCCUUCUCGGGUGGCAUUCUUAUUGUGGACAGUUGUGAGGGGACAGGUCUCAACAGUGGAUAAUCUCCGACGUAAAGGCUUUUACGCGACCGAGUGGUAUUAUAUGUGCAAGAAGAAUGAGGAGACGAUCGAUCAUUUGUUCAUUCAUUGUGAUGGUGUACGUUGGAUUUGGAACAGUAUACUUAGUUCUCAAUCUAUGGAUUGGGUGAUGUCUCGCUGUAUAGAGGACGUGAUACGGACAUGACGGAGAAAACUUCGUGAUAAGGAUAUCAAGGCACCUUAUCCCGAGUUGCAUUGUAUGGCACGUGUGAAGAGAAAGGAACAACCGUUAUUUCGAAGACCAAACAAAGACAAGAGAGCAGAUAAGAGAAAAUUUUUACUUUACCUUGUAUUCUUGGUUUAAUGCUGUGGCUAGAAAUCCUAUAGAUGGGUUGUCUAAUUUCAUGUUGUUCCUUAAUGGCUUAAAGUGAUUGUACACCCCCCAUGUAUUCUCUUUUAAGUAAUAAAAUUAUCUGAUUACCUAUCAAAAA